AUUCGGAAAAAUUAUGGCACGCGGAACAGUGUUAGCUGAAGUUUAACUUAGACAGAAAACUGUUUGCUGUUUCUAUUUUCAAUUGGAGGAAAUUCUAUUGAUUUAUAUGUGUUUCCUUUAAAACCGGUGUAGUGAACCAGUAAAACUCAUGCCUACAUAACGUUUAAAAAUGUGAGAGCUUCAACGGAGACACAAGUAUACUAUGCUGAAAAAAAAUUUGGCUAAUAUGUAUGUGUAGCUAGUUUUUAAAAGGCUUGCACAACUGUUACUAAAAACAAUUGUUUAAGAAAUGAACAGUGAGUGUGACAGGAUGAAAACGAAUGCUUUGAAACUGCUCUGCGAUAAAUAAAUACGGAAGAGUUGGCUUUCAGUUUAAUCGGGUGAGCUUGUCUUUGAAAAAAAAAGACAAUCGCUUAAUUAUAAACGAUUAAAAAAUCAGUGAAGUGUAAUAAUUAUUGUUUGGUAACAAUUCAAAACUUAAAAUGUUAUCUAAAUGUUGCGAUGGAUAACACACGUUGCAGCUGUUCUUAAACAUUCAACAGAAAUGGCUUCCAACAGUAGCAGUCAAUCAGAAGAGAACAAAGCCCGCGUCCCGCUACGCCACAUGGUAAAGGAACAGAUCAGUAGAACUUCGAAUGCGGGACCGAUACUCCAAAAGGAAUGCUACUACUACACCCCAACUACCUCCCAGCAACAUCAACAGAUUCAACAAGGCUGGCAAUCGCUUUUGGCUUUUUUUGGGCCCUGGCUGAGUGCAAUGACCGCAUAUCGAUUGCUGACAAUCAGCCUUCUAAUUGGUAUUCUAUGUCCACAUCACAUUCACGGCGUGGAUCCCAAAUUCGAUCCUUCGACGCGCAUGCGACUGGUACUGGUACCGGCAGACGCACAAGUAAAUUCAGUUAUCUACCGAUUGCGUGCAACUGACGAGGAGUUCGACUAUCCAUUGACCUUUGAAUUUGUGGGUGAUGCAUUUUCGUCCACCGUCAAAGUGGACUCGCUUCCAUGCACCAAGUACAAUUCGGUUUGCCAAGCAAACAUCGUGCUUCAGCGUCGCUUGGAGCCUGGGCGCUAUUACGACUUCCAGGUUUCAGUGAAGGACUCAAAAGGUGGCAUGGCCACUCAAUUGUGCUCAAUUACAGCAACCAAUUUUACCACACCUCAUGACCUCAUAUUUCCACACAAGCCCGGAAUUAUAAUGAUACCUGAGGAUUCAAAACGCGGCACGGAAUUAAAUUACGUAAUUGCGCGAAAGAAUCCGCUAUUUCAAAAACCAGUCUACCUCGAGUUAUGGGGUUCUCCGCUUUUUGCGAUAAGACAAAAAAUUGUAUCAUCCGAGACGACAGAAGGUACAGUUUUUCUUUUGGGUCCAUUGGACUUCGAAAAGCAAGCCAUGUACCAUCUAACGAUACUUGCCAAUGAUGCGUACGCUGAGCCUGGCCAGGAUAGUCGCAAUAUAGCUGGCAUGGAAAUUGUAGUUAUCGUCCAGGAUGUUCAAGAUCAGCCUCCUGUUUUCACUUCGGCGCCGCCAGUUACCAAAUUGCCCACUGGCAUUCUCCCAGGCGAUAAGAUAUUGCAAGUACAUGCGGAGGAUGGCGACAAAGGAAACCCAAGAGAGAUUCGAUUUGGAUUGGUCUCAGAAAACAACCCAUUUACAUCGUUUUUUGACAUCAACGAUACAAGCGGUGAAAUAUUUUUAAUGCGACCACUUGAAGAUAUUGCCUUUAUAACGCAUGUGGGUGAUCCUGUACUGCUUACGGUAAUUGCGGAAGAAGUUAAGGUUGGUCGGGACGAGCCGCCAGCAUUGGCAUCUACUGUUCAAUUGGCGUUCUUUCUGCCAGAUCGUACCAAUUCACCUCCAUACUUCGAAAACGAUCACUACGUAGCGAGGGUAGACGAAAAUGCACCGCAAGGCACAGCAUUAAUAUUCGUUGACCCAUAUGUACCGCGCAUCUAUGACGACGAUACUGGAAAGAAUGGAGUUUUCUCGCUGACAUUGCUAAACAAUAAUGGAACAUUUGAGAUUACACCAAAUGUAGCAGAGCGCAGUGCAUCAUUUCUAGUGCGCGUGCGAGACAAUACGCUGUUGGACUACGAGAUGCGACACUCGGUGCAGUUUCAGGUGCUGGCCCAGGAAGUGGGUCCAGCUACGAAUCUCACGGCCAUUGUGAACGUCACCGUCUACAUCAAUGACGUUAACGAUAAUGCACCAGUAUUCGACCAGCCCUCCUAUACAGUGGAGCUUCCCGAGAAUAUGACAGUGGGAACUAAGGUGGUGCAAGUGCAUGCCACUGACUUAGACUCGGGAUUGGGUGGCAAAGUGCGAUAUACUGCCAUUCUGGGUUACCUUAAUACAUCUGUUAACCUCGAUGCAGAAAGUGGAUUAAUCACUGUAUCGACGAAUAAUCAUGGCUAUGAUCGCGAGGUAAUGCCGGAAUAUCACCUGUACGUAGAGGCUCGGGACAUGGACGGUGAAGGUAAUCGAGCACAAGUGCCUUUAAUCAUCAAGCUAAUAGAUGUAAACGAUGAGACGCCGAUAUUUGACAAGGAUCUAUAUGAGUUCAUUUUGACACCGAAUCUCUUGAGCUUCACUACCACGGCCGUAGUACAUGCGGAAGACAAAGACGCUACGGCGCCCAACAACGAAGUACGGUACGAACUGAUCAGUGGCAACUAUGAAAACAAAUUUAAAUUGGACAAGGUCACCGGGGAAUUGACAGUUCAGGAAAAGAUUCAAUUGCGGUCCAUGACGGAUGCCAGUGAACGAAGACAUCGGGAUCCAAGUACAUCUCCAUCCAGCUCUGCCGAUGACAACGAAAUGUUUAUUCUAACUGCUCGUGCUUACGACCUGGGAGUGCCUGUGCGGUUCUCGACAACAACGAUUCGCAUUUACCCACCGGAGAGUCGGAAGCGCGUGGUGACUUUUGUGGUACCAGGUCACAACCCAGAUAAGUCUAAAACUGAAGAGACGCUGUCUGCCAUAACCGGCGGAAAGGUGUUAAUUCACUCAAUACGACCGCUGCGACCUGAUGAGCCGGGUGCCAAAGACAUACCCUUAAAUAAUCCAAGUAUCAAGGAGCGUAGUGUCGUUACCGCAACAGUGCUGUAUGGCAGCACGUCGGUAGUUGACAUAUCGGAUAUACAGCAGCGUCUAUCCCAGCACAACAAUUCCUAUGCAAUUAUGCCGCAAGACACAUUGCAGACAAACAAUCUAACACCACUGCAGACUCAAUAUAAGGCUGAAAACAAGGUGCUCUUCUGGCUGCUCAUACUUCUGGCCACACUGGUUGCCUUUACCGUCCUCAUCCUACUUCUUUGCUGCAUAUGCUCGUGGUGCCCUCUGUACGGUGCAGCAACCAAAAGAAUAGUUAAUAUCAGUAGAGCUGAAGACGAUGUGCAUCUAGUGCAUAGGGAAAUGGCAAAUGGAAAGCAUACAAAAUCUGUUCAGGUCGCAGAGUGGAUGGGAAGACGCGAGGCCUGGUCAGCGGAGAAGCCCCCGAAUACCAGAACGAAACCUACCCGAUGGGAGUUCCGCGACGGACGUGAACAUCCUAGCGAAAAUGUAGGGACAUUUCAGGAUGCCCGAGAGAAGCGUCAUAUACAAUCAGCUGAGGAGCAACAGGGACGCAUUAAAAAACAACGUACAGCCAAAGACGAUCUUCAUCUUAGUUUUCAUAACUCUAGAACUAAUCUUAUUAAUGACCGCGACAUAUACAUGGAAGACUUAGUGGAAAAUCGAGAUAUAGUGGAUGACAUUAGCCGUAACCGAGUAAUUAAACAAUUGGACUAUGCGCAGAGACAGCGCUGUGAAACCGAAACCCACCAAAUUGACGACGACUCUAUGCGGAGACACGAAAUAGAUCGGGGUAGCGACAUGGACUUUACCGCCGCCCAAAACAGUAUGAAGGGCAAACGCGAACUGUUUAUAAAAGAAGGAAACGUGGAAAUUCUACAACUCAUGACCAGAGAUAAAAUUCACGAUGCUGCAGCGCUAGACGAUGACAACAUUUACGUAAACGUCCCACUAAAGCCCUUGGGAAACCUGUCACAUCCACAACUGCUAAUGGUGGACAAUACGGGUAAAGAGAUUCUUAUGCGGAGAUUUAUUGAAGAGCAGCCAGAUGGUAAGCAGAUUAUUCGCGAGCACUAUCAAAUAGUACCAGGGGCAACCUACAUCCAAUCCAUGCCGAACGAAGUACAACAGGCCUCCACUUUAAAGGUUGAUACCUAUCCAUUGGUAAAAUCAGGGCCCAACAGUAUUGUCUAUUCUCAGAUGGAACCUGAAGUAAAGGUCAUACAUACGCAGCCAGAGCAAGCUGUUGAAGCCACUUCAAAGUUGCGGCCUGCUAUCUCGAAUCACUCUCUUACCCAAGAGCUGGAACACUCUCUUAAGCAACAGAAUUCGCUGCUGCGACAGAUACUGCUCGAGAAGGACAAAUUGGAGUCCGGCUAUACGCAGGAAGUGGCACUAGAAACACAGAGUCUACCAGGUCAGUCGAUGGCUAUUGGCACGCAGACCGACUGUGAUGCCGGAACGCAAACUGAUACAGUUGAAAACCUUAUCGGGCACACAUCCGUCAGUUCACAAGCACAUAUGAUAUCGAAGUCGUCGCAUCGUCGUGCUCGAAGUGAGAAUGACGAAUCCAUGUCUGAAGAUGGCUACGAAUAUGUGCGGUUUAUUCCGCCAAACAGCCCUGAAGGUACGUUCUGGAUCAAGCGUCGACGAACGAAGAAGCGUCGGAAACAGCCACGUAAAAGGAUCGUAAUGGUGGAAGAGGUGAAACGUAAAAUCCGCACGCCCAUUAAAGAGGAAGAAGAGCUACACGAGCGGAAGAGUCGAGUCCCACCAAAGAAACCGUUGCGGGAGACGAAGACAAGUAUACUGCGGAAACAGCUAAGCGACGAAAGCCGCAAAGCUGAGGCCAAUUCCAAUGGAGAAUCGAGGGCAGGCGGACAUCUCAAGUCAGAUGUACGAAUAGAAGUAACCGACUCAUUCGACGAUAAUACAAGUCCCAGAAACCACAGCACAAGAAAAAUUCUAGUUGAUAAAUAUUACAAACAUUCCGAUGGCGAAGGGGAAUUCGACGAUGGCGACGAUACAGAGUAUUCUUUUGACUCAGAUGGAGAUGAAAUCGUAAUCAGAACAAACGAUAAGUAUGUCAUGGAACCAAAAGAGAAGCGAAACUUUGCAUUUUCUCCAGAAAAUAUGGGACACAUAAAGCAGAAAAAGUAUUCCCAAACACAGUCACUAGUGGAGACAGUCCAAGAGGCGCAACCAAACUCAAUUCCGAGAUUAUCAAGACGAGACAGCCGGACGCGGGACGACAAUCCCAGAAGGCAAGCCUCAUCGGAGCCACCCCACCACCGACUAUCCAUUUCCAAGUUCGAUUCGAUAGCUAUUGAAGACGAAAAUACAAACCCCGAAACAACAUCAUUGAAUGAUCGAAACUAUCAAAGUGAAACUGAGUUAGGAAAUCUUGAGGGUUCACGAGAACGGAAUGUGCCCAAGUAUAUGGAAUGGUACUACAAUAAGAAAAAAUCGUCUGUAAGCGGCCGUACCUCGACGGAGUCUUCGAAAUCUCAACCAGCAAGCAAAAGAAAAGUUGGUGCAUCGGAAAAACGUGUUUCAAAGACACGUGUCGCCAUCCAGCCCCACGAUUAUGAUUUCCAUGAUGAUGGUGGAAAAUAUAAACCUGAACCGGCCCCACGCAGGUCCCCGCCGAAAAGCACUCGUUUGCUUAAGGAGGACAGAGCUUUGAAUAAGCAGCGUAGACCAAAAAAAGAGACUGACACAAAUCAUCCACUACUGCAGCACUCUGAGCAUCGGUUUGAGCGCGAAAGUGCUAUGGAAGUUCCAGCACAGCCUACCAAACUGCCUCACUAUAUGUACCCAGAAACUCCUCCGUAUGCAGCAACAGCUGCUUCAGACAAGGACCUCCCAACACAAAGGCAGCAGCCAAAGCCGUCCCCCAUUAAAGAAAAUGAAGUUAAAGUGACACACUCGAAAAUAAGUCCUCUUAAGCAAGGUCGUAGCCUCGCACAUCAGACAUCAUCGCAUGCACAAAAACAGUUAAAUGCUUCGACGCUCGAGGAUGACCAUGAUUCAGGCAUAGCUAUGAACUCCCUUUUAAACAGCCUGGGCCGUCGCAAUCCGAUAGCCGAGAAAAAAAGCGUAUUCUCCAUUGCCUACGACGAUGUCAGUCGGGUCAAAAAGAUUCCCUCAGGUGGCGAGUCCCCACAAUACUCGUAAUGCGAGUUCUGCGAAUCAUUUAAUGUAGCAAUCAAAUGUGAUAGCCUCAAAGGCUCCUUACCUACAAAUCAUCGAACUAAUACUAAAUGCAAUACUUGUUGUCCAUAGAAUUUUGAAAAUGUUCAACUCGUUUCAGUUCAACGGAAAUACAUCCAGAUCACUAUUAAUUAGUCGCUUUCAUUACAAUAAUAAGCAGAUAAUUUUAGUAUAAUGUUUUAUAUGUAACUUAGUACUUUAGUAGAAGCUCGGAACGACAUACCGUCCAAUUUAAUUCCAUGUACAUAUGUUAUUAUAGGCAUAUCUUUUAAGGCAUACUAAUUAACUUUGAACAUUAACUCAUUGUAAUCAGAAAAUUGCAUUCGUCGGUUAUACCCUUGCAGAGGGUAUUAAACAUACAUAUUAUAGAAGACCACUAUAGCUGCCAUAUAAAAAAAAAACAUGUAUUUGUGAGAAAAGCUUUUUUUAUUCUAAAGAUAUUUAAACCAACCAAACGGUACAAACAGUUUCAUUUUUGGUUGAUAACCUUGAUUGUAACCGGAUCAGUAUUACUGAUUCAGUACGUUUCAUAGCUGUCACAGGAACGAUCGGUCAAUAAACAAGUCUUUGUGAGAACACCAUUUUAGUUACAUAUGUAUAUUAGUUACAUACAUUUGUAAAAAUAUAUAUAAAAAUAUUAUAUAUGUACCUUAAAACCUUAACCUUAAACCUUGAACCUUAAAAAUUACAAAACAUCUAUUUUGCAAAAAUUCCUAGCUUUUAUCACACUGGACACAACAAACGUAUAAACACACAA